UUUGCAAGUUCCGUCCACUUUCCUUCCCCAUUUCUUCAAAUAUACAAGCAAGACGCAAGUGCAAACUCAGCCCUUUUGUCCUUCAUCUCUUAUUAAAUUUACAUAAAAAGCACUAAAGCUAUAUAAUGAAUAAAAGACCAAGCCAACCGAGAUGAAUUUUAAUGUAAACAAAGACUUAUGUCGGAUAACUUUAUAUUUUAAAUCAAAAGAGAAAUCCUAAGAACACAGUACAACUCUCCCUCUGCAUAAUACCCUUUUGUUCCUGUCAGUGAAUCAACAAGUUAAUGAGGUCAGUCACCAUGAUUUUGAACUUUUUCUUGUAGUUGUUUAUAGUUAAUACUGUUUGUUUGCCGCUUUGAUUUUCAUACAUUAGAUGGUUUAUAUGAUUUGAUUUUGAAUACAGAGUGCCAAUACGCCGCUUUCUUUACAUAUUUUGUAAUCUUUGCUAUGUAAAAAAAACCUUCACUUGAACCUUUAGCUGGUUUCUUUUGUAUCAGUCUUUAAAGUUUUUUGUGUCUCAGUGAUUGUUAAUUCGUAGUAUAUAUUCCAGAAGUAAAAAAUUUGUGAUUAUUUAGCAAUUUUUCAAUGUAAAUUUGAAUAGGUUCACUGAUACUUUUAGUGCGUAUCAAUUUUUAGACGGAUUUGUCAUUAAUUAACAAAGCUUGGUGAGUUUAUGAGGUAGAAAUUAUGGGUUUCUUCCAAUGUGUUGGAACCUUUUGUUUAUGUCUAGUUCUUGUGUUGAAAACCUGUACUGCUGGCUCUCCACAUAUUGGCCAGAUGUAUCCUGGGUUUGAAGCAUCCGCAAAAGAAUGGAGCAAUAAUAAUGGGAGAUUCCUGCUAUCCAACAACUUGAUUUUCGGUUUCGGCUUUUCCCAUGCCUUGAAUGAUACACUUUCUUUGCUGGUUGUCAAACACAUUAGCAGUGGAAGAGGGGUUUGGACUGCUAAUAGAGGCAAAUUGGUUGAAGAUUCUGCUAAGUUUGUUUUUGACAAAAGUGGGAAUGUUUCCUUGCAUUGGGGAAAUGAUGUGGUUUGGUCUCCUGAUACUUCUGGAGAGAAAGUUGCAUCGAUGGAAUUGUGGGACUCGGGCAACUUUGUGUUGCUUGGGAACAGUGGGAGUAUUCUUUGGCAGAGUUUUAGCAAUCCAACUGAUACCCUUUUACCUGGACAGGAAUUCUCGGAAGGAAUGAGACUUGAAAGCCGUCUGAACAAAGAUAAUAUGAGAGUUUACCUUGAGUUCAAGUCUGGUGAUUUGGUUUUGUAUGCAGGGUAUCAAACUCCACAAACCUAUUGGUCGUUGGCGAAUGAAAGCCGCAAAACCAAUAACAGUGUAGGUGGUAAGAUUCAGUCUGCCAUUCUGGAGUCUAAUUCAUGGAAUUUUUAUGAUCAGAAUAAGGCCUUGCUUUGGAAAUUCAUCUUCUCUGAAAAUACUGAUGGAAAUGCUACAUGGGCAUUGAUUUUAGGCUCUGAUGGGGUAAUCAUAUUUUCCAAUCUUCGAAAGGGAAGCACAUCUAUUCCUGAGGCAAUCAAGAUACCACAGAACUUUUGCAGCACUCCUGAGCCUUGUGGCCGAUAUCAUGUCUGUUAUUUCUUUAAUCAAUGCCGGUGCCCUGCAUCUCUCAACUCUCGUUUCAAUUGCAAACCUCCGAUUGCUUCAACCUGUAAUAGCUCCCGGAAUUCAACAGAGCUUUUUUUUGUUGGCACGAAGCUUGAUUAUUUUGCACUUGCGUUUGUUUCACCCAUAUCAAGAUACAGUCUUGACACUUGCAGAGAAGCUUGCCUUCGUAACUGCUCAUGUUCGGUGCUGUUCUUUGAAAAUCAUAGUGGGAAUUGCUUUCUAUUUGACAGCAUAGGUGGUUUUCAACGUCCUCUGGACGGUUCUACUGGUUAUGUUUCAUAUAUGAAGGUCUCUCGUGCAAACGCUGGGGUAGAUCCUAGAACUGAAGUAGGUGGGACUCGACGGAAACAUAUCCUCUUAGUUGUCCUAAUAACUAUUUCCACCAUUCUAGUAAUUUCUGGUAUUCUUUAUGUCGGAAUCUGGUAUUACCGCGGGAAGAGAACAUCAGUGGAAAUUUCUCAAGAAAACUUUGAAGAGGAUAGUUUCUCAAACAAUUUUUCUGGUAUGCCUGUUCGUUUCAGUUAUGAUGACCUUUGUAGAGCAACUAAAAUCUUCUCUAUAAAGGUUGGUCAAGGAGGUUUUGGCUCUGUCUAUCUGGGGACACUGCCUGACGGUACUCAAUUGGCUGUUAAAAAGUUGGAGCGCAUCGGCCAGGGGAUGAAGGAGUUUAGAGCUGAAGUAAAUAUAUUUGGGAAUGUACAUCAUAUUCAUCUAGUCAAACUCAGAGGCUUCUGUGCCGAAGGGCCACAUAGGCUUCUUGUUUAUGAAUACAUGGAAAAUGGAUCUUUGGAUAAAUGGAUAUUCAAGAUCAAUAAGGAGAACCAGUUCCUGAGUUGGGACACAAGAUUUAACAUCGCAUUGGGUACUGCAAAGGGAUUAGCUUAUCUCCAUGAGGAAUGUGAAGCAAAGAUCGUUCAUUGUGACAUAAAACCUGAAAAUGUUCUUUUAGAUGAUAAUUUCAACGCCAGAGUUUCAGAUUUUGGUUUGGCAAAGCUGAUGAACCGUGAAGAAAGCCUUGUAUAUACAACACUGAGAGGUACACGGGGAUACCUUGCACCAGAAUGGAUAACAAACAGUCCCAUUUCAGAGAAGAGUGAUGUAUAUAGCUACGGUAUGGUCUUGCUUGAGAUCAUAGGAGGCAGGAGGAAUUAUGAUUCAGGGGUUGAUUCAGAGAAAGCACACUUCCCUUCUUAUGCAUUCAAGAUGCAAGAAGAAGAAAAACUAAGCGAAAUCAUUGAUCCGAGGUUAGAUAUCAAUGAAAAAGAUGAGAAAGUUGUCACUGCAAUCAAAGUUGCAUUGUGGUGCAUACAAGAUGAGAUGCAUUUGAGACCACCAAUGAGCAAAGUAGUCCAAAUGCUUGAAGGUCUCUGUGCUGUACCUCAGGCCCCUACGCCUUCUCAGCUGAAUUCUCGGGCAUACUCAGCUGGUAUUAAAUGGAGCAGCGAUGAUGGUAAUUCAUUGGAACCACUUAAUGAAAAUUGCGGUGCACCUUUCUCAGACGCCUAACUAUCAUGCCCGAGAUGAUAGAAGCUGUAACUGAUUUGGAGGUUCAUAUCCAUUACUAUAAAUUUAGGGUCAUUGCAUCCACAACCCACAUCUUAUUUCAAGAAUUCUUCACUGAUGAAUCUCUUGAACUCUCAAUCAAUUCAUUCAAUGGCUUCGUCUCAAGCUA